AUGUCUUCGGACAUUGCCAGACCUCUGCGUCGUCAGUUGCAUACUAUCUACCAGUCUGUGGAACUGCCCGAGACACACCAGAUGCUGCGUCAGACGUGCCGGGACUUUGCUGAGAAGGAGCUGGUUCCCAUCGCGGCCCAGCUAGACAAGGAACACCGCUUCCCAGCGGCUCAGGUGAAGAAGAUGGGCGCACUUGGGCUUCUGGCCAUGGACGUGCCUGAGGAGUUCAGUGGUGCUGGCCUUGAUUACCUGGCCUAUUCGAUCGCCAUGGAGGAGAUCAGCCGGGGAUGUGCCUCCACUGGAGUCAUCAUGAGUGUCAACAAUUCCCUCUACUUGGGGCCCAUCCUGAAGUUUGGGUCCAAGGAGCAGAAGCAGAAGUGGAUCACGCCUUUCACCAGCGGCGACAAAAUUGGCUGCUUUGCCCUCAGUGAACCAGGGAAUGGCAGUGAUGCGGGAGCUGCGUCCACCACUGCCCGGGCCGAGGGUGACUCGUGGGUCCUGAAUGGCACCAAAGCCUGGAUCACCAACUGCUGGGAGGCCUCAGCCACCGUGGUCUUCGCCAGCACCGACAGAUCCUUGCACCACAAGGGCAUCAGUGCCUUCCUGGUUCCCAUGCCAACGCCUGGGCUCUCGUUGGGGAAGAAGGAAGACAAACUGGGCAUCCGGGCCUCAUCCACGGCCAACCUCAUCUUUGAGGACUGUCGCAUCCCCAAGGACAACCUGCUGGGGGAGCUGGGAAUGGGCUUCAAGAUAGCCAUGCAAACCCUGGACAUGGGGCGCAUUGGCAUUGCCUCCCAGGCUCUGGGCAUCGCCCAGGCUGCCCUUGACUGUGCUGUGAACUACGCCGAGAAUCGCAGGGCCUUUGGGGCGCCCCUCACCAAGCUCCAGGGCAUCCAGUUCAAACUGGCGGACAUGGCCCUGGCCCUGGAAAGUGCCCGGUUAUUGACCUGGCGCGCUGCCAUGCUGAAGGACAAUAAGAAGCCUUUCACCAAGGAGGCAGCGAUGGCCAAGCUGGCUGCAUCGGAGGCCGCAACUGCCAUCAGCCACCAGGCCAUUCAGAUCCUGGGUGGCAUGGGCUACGUGACGGAGAUGCCGGCUGAGCGGCACUACCGAGAUGCCCGCAUCACCGAGAUUUAUGAAGGCACCAGUGAGAUCCAGAGACUGGUCAUCGCAGGGCACCUGCUCAAGAGCUACCGGAGCUGAGCCCCUCAUCAGGGCUGACUACUGCCCCACCCAGAGCCGGGCUGGCCAAGGACUGUGGGAAAGGGAGUGGGAGCCACGUGGCCUUAACCCUGACUCCCAGACACCGGGGAGACAGGCAGGGGCCAAGCUACCUCCUACCAGGGCCACCCUGGCCCCAGCGCUUCUGGUAUGGACCUCUGCCUGCCCCAGACCAUAGUGCAUGGGAGCAAGUGUCAGAGAAGGCGAGGCGAGGGGUCGGCGACCUGUGUCUAGGACACCCAUCCGCAAACUCUUCCUUGGCAUCGCUCCCCCCUCACGACUGUGCCUUGUUUUCUUCAUCCAAGGGGACAUGCCCUUUUGAAGGCAGGGCCAUGGGAAGGACUAAGUGACCACUUUGGGGCUCCCUAGUUCCCAUGGGCCCUGGUGCUCAGCAGGAGACCAGGUGGGCCUGGGUCUCGGCAGUGUCUGCUCUUUUCCCUGAGGUCAGAGGUCAGGAGGAGGAGUGGGUGGGGGCCAGGAUGACCAGUUCUCGAACUAGCAGUUGUGCUCUCAGGCUCUGGGGCUGUCUCAGGGAGGCUGUGGUGGCCUGUUCUUUGUAAAGUACAAAUGAGGGCAUGUGGGUGUUCUGGUUCCGGCUUUGGGACAGUCAAGUGUGGGAACUAACUAAGUAAUAAAGCACACCUGGCCCUGAGCCUCAGAAC